AUUACACAAAAGUGAAUCUUAGGGUUAUUUAACUUUGAAGUAACUAGACAGUCUACACUCACUACUCGUACUUCAUUUUGCCCAAAAACUGAGAAGAAAAAGUAGAAAACCCCAAAAUUGUAGAGAGGAGAUCGUUCUUCUACUCCGAUCACCUCCGGCCAUUGAAGAUAACUUGGAAAGAUUCGGUAGCAGUGUGGCUUCGGUCAAAGCUUAAACUUCUUCAAUCGUCUGAACGAAGAUAUUGGUUUUGGUUGAGCUCUACAGUUCCCACCCACAACAAAAUGGCGGCAUUUUCUUCACUUUGUUCAAUCCAAGUCAACAAGCCCUCUCUCUCUUCUUCGUUAUAUUCUCCCUCCAGCAAGUCUCUCCUCCGAUCUCCCUUAUCUUCCAGGAAGUUAUCCAGCAUUUCAUUGUCUUCUCCAGCUCUUCGUGGAAGAAUAACGUGCCAGGCCUCUUCUGCUAAUUCAUCACCUUCAUCAACUGUUAACAGAAAAGUGACGUCAGAGUUGAAGGAUUUUCUGCACAUUGAUGAUUUUGAUAAAGACACGAUAUUGAAGAUGUUAAACCGAGCUGCAGAGGUUAAGGCAAUGCUAAAAUCAGGGGACAGGACAUUUCUUCCCUUUAAGGGAAAGACAAUGGCUAUGAUCUUUGCCAAGCCCUCUAUGAGAACACGUGUUUCAUUUGAGACUGGAUUUUUCUUGUUGGGAGGUCAUGCUAUAUAUCUAGGACCUAAUGAUAUUCAAAUGGGUAAGCGGGAGGAAACUCGGGACAUUGCCCGUGUCUUGUCUGGCUAUAAUGACAUUAUAAUGGCCCGUGUCUUUGCUCACCAAGACAUUCUUGAUCUGGCUAAGUAUGCAACUGUACCUGUUAUCAAUGGCUUGACAGACUAUAACCACCCAUGCCAAAUUAUGGCUGAUGUUCUCACUAUUAUUGAACACAUUGGUCAGCUAGAAGGAGCUAAGGUUGUCUAUGUUGGAGAUGGAAACAACAUUGUGCACUCCUGGCUGUUGAUGGCAGCAGUUAUACCUUUCCACUUUGUUUGUGCUUGCCCAGAAGGUUUCGAACCUGAUGCAAAAACAGUUAAGAAGGCACAGCAGGCUGGUAUUAGCAAAAUUGAGAUUACAAAUGAUCCAAAAGAAGCAGUUAUAGGAGCUGAUGUUGUGUACUCUGACGUAUGGGCCAGCAUGGGGCAGAAGGAAGAGGCUGCACAGCGGCGCAAAGCUUUCCAAGGGUUUCAGGUGGAUGAAAAUCUUAUGAAGUUGGCAGGCCCGAAAGCUUAUUUCAUGCAUUGUUUACCUGCCGAAAGAGGGGUUGAAGUGACAGAUGGAGUGAUUGAAGCUCCGAAUUCAAUUGUCUUCCCACAAGCGGAGAAUCGCAUGCAUGCACAGAAUGCUAUAAUGCUCCAUUUGCUUGGUGUGUGAUUGCUAACAGGUCAGCUCCGUCGAGUUAUUGGGUGGGAAGGUACUGCUUAGUUAAUAAUGAACUUUUGGACUUCUGCAGUUUAUUUUUGACUUUAGAUUUGUGUACAAUUUUGUAUGUUGACAACACUCUUUCAUUUGUGCUAGCCUAAGUCUUCGGUUUUAUGCUCGAUACUUGUUAGUUUGCUCUUACAUAAUCAUAAUUAAGAUGCCCUUUUCCAGAAUUGAAAAA